AUGUCCACUUUGAAGGAGCUGGAGCCAUACGUGGACAGCGCCAUCCAUGUUCUAUUCGAUAAGCUUAACGAGAUGGUGGGACAAACUGUGGAUAUGGGCAAUUGGGUUCAGCUCUAUGCCUUUGACGUAAUUGGCGAGGUUACAUUCUCCAAGCGUUUCGGCUUCAUGGACGUUGGAUCAGACGACGGCUCCUUCAAGCAGAUUGAGAAUGCCUUGCAGUCGGCUGCUUGGAUUGGCCAAGUUCCUUGGCUCUACUGGCUUCACGAUUACUUAUCCCCUGUCAUCGGUACAUGGCUCGGUAUCGCCUCUCGACACGGCAGCUUAAGGAAGUUCGCAGCACGCGAGGUGACUGCUAGGCAGGACCGUGGAUCCGACCACCAGGAUAUCCUUGGGAAGCUCCUUGCUGUGCACCAUGACAAGCCUGAUCAAUUUGAUAACUCGGAUCUGGUCUCCAUGGCGACGUCGAACAUCUUCGCCGGCAGCGAUACGACAGCCAUUUCCAUCCGUGCAAUUAUCUACUACAUGCUGAAGUAUCCCGAGGCCAAGAGGAAGCUCGUUGAAGAAGUCGAUACCCUCUGGCAACAAGGAAAGCUCAGUGACCCCGUUACCGUCGCUGAGUCUGAGAAAAUGCCUUAUCUCCAAGCUGCCAUGUACGAGGCGUUGAGGUUGCACCCAGCUGUUGGCAUGACCCUGCCGCGCGUUGUUCCCAAAGGUGGAUACGAAAUUGAUGGACGUUUUAUGCCGGCUGGGCUCAUCCCCACUCUACUUCUACAUUUUGACAUUGAGUUGGUCGACCCGAAUGCUUUGCUGGAGGAGAAGUGCCAGUAA